UGUAAUAAAUACUAUCCUUAUGCACCUACACCAGCUAUGGCAUUGGCACAUGGAGCCUAUGACGUUACUGGUACAGGAGGACAAUAUGACGGUGGUUUCUCUGGGAACAAAAAGGAAACCAUGCAGAAUCUUAAUGAUCGUCUGGCCAACUACGUGGACAAGGUGAGAGUGCUGGAGGCGGCAAAUGCUGAACUGGAAUGGAAGAUCAAUGAAUGGUAUGACAAGCAACGCUCUACCAGCGAUGGAGGGAAGGACUACAGCAAAUAUGCCACUCUGAUUGAUGACCUAAAACUGAAGAUCCUUAGUACAACAAAAGACAACAGAGGAAUCACCCUACAGAGUGACAAUGCCAGGCUGGCUAUUGACAACUUCAGACUCAAGUAUGAGAAUGAACAAAUCCUUCACCAUUCAAUGGAAGCUGCUAUCAAUACUCUGCAUAGAGUCAUAGAUGACCUUACCCUGUCCAAGUCGAAGCUACAAUCCCAACUUGAGAGUCUCACUGAGGAACUGGCUUAUCUCAAGAAGAACCAUGAUGAAGAGACAAAGGGUGCCCCCAAGGCUACACGUGGCCAAGUUAGUGUGGAACUGAAAGCCACGCCUGGUACUGACCUGACCAAGAUACUGAAUGACAUGAGAGCUCAGCACGAAGCACUGGCGCAGAAGAACCGCAGGGAAGCGGAAGACCGUUACGAAAAAUUGUCUGCAGAUCUGAAGCAACGAAUAUCUGCUGGGGCGGGACGAGUGCAGACAGGCAAAAGCGAAAUUUCGGAACUUCAAAGAACGCUCCGAGCGCUUGAAAUUGAACUGCAAUCGCAACUCGCCAUGAAACAAUCUCUGGAGGUGACAGUCGGCAAAACUGAGGGCAGUUACUGUAGGAAACUGUCGAGGAUACAGGUGACCAUUUCCAGCAUAGAAGAACAUCUGGCACAGCUCAAAGCAGACUCGGAGUCCCAACACUCCCAGUACCAACAGCUCUUGGGCAUCAAGACAAGGCUGGAACAAGAGAUUGAAACGUAUCGCAGGCUGCUGGAUGGAGAAGGGUAA